AUGUCACCUAUUACGCCUUUGUCUAAUACUAAUGAUGGUCUUACCACAUCCAAGGAACUUACAAGCAAAGAUUAUUACUUUGACUCAUAUUCACACUUUGGUAUACAUGAAGAAAUGCUUAAAGAUACAGUGCGUACAAAGGCCUAUAUGAACGCCAUUCUACAGAGUAAACACUUGUUUAAAGACAAGGUGGUGCUGGAUGUGGGAUGUGGUACUAGUAUUUUGUCCAUGUUUGCUGCUAAUGCUGGUGCAAAGCAUGUAUAUGGUGUUGAUUGUUCUGGUAUUCUGAUACAGGCACGUGAGAUUGUCAAGGCAAAUGGCUUUGCGGACAAGAUCACACUCAUUCAGGGUAAAAUGGAAGAACUCACGAUGCCUGUGGAUAAGGUGGACAUUAUUAUCUCUGAGUGGAUGGGCUACUUUUUACUCUAUGAGUCCAUGCUGGAUACGGUAAUUUAUGCACGUGAUAAGUACCUGGUACCUGGUGGACUUAUGUUUCCAGAUCAUUCAACCCUUUACAUUGGUGCUAUCGAGGAUGGAGAGUACAAGGCCGAGAAACUUGAGUUUUGGGAUAAUGUAUACGGAUUUGACAUGAGCUGCAUCCGAGAUAUUGCCAAGGUAGAACCACUCGUAGACACUGUGGGUAGUGACGCGCUAUUGACGGAUGUAUGCCCUAUCUUGGACAUUGACCUGACAACUGUGACAAAAGAUGAAUUGGCCUUCUCAUCCACGUUCAAGUUGACAGCUUUUCGCCAGGAUUUUUGCCAUGCAUUGGUAGCGUACUUUGACUGCACAUUCUCAGCUACGCACAAGAAGCUUAGUUUCUCGACGGGACCCAAGGCCGAGUACACGCACUGGAAGCAAACUGUAUUCUAUCUUGAAGGAGAGAUCGCUUGCAGCCCUGGUGAGGUGAUCGAGGGCGAGCUGACAUGCAAACCCAACGCUUUCAAUCCACGUGACCUGGAUAUCGAUAUCAACGUACGUUUUGAUGGCGCCAGUGGAUCAUACAGCAAGCUCCACGAGUUCAAGUUGCGCUAA